CAUUUGACGUCUACCAUUUAGGUUAUGUGGGUUUAUCAGUUUACGUUUGUCAAAAUUACCCCAAGGAGUGUGUCAGAAGUGUAAUUUCCGAUAAAUUGCUGAUGCAACAUUUUUGGGGGGUUUUAGCCUGAAUAAAACCGUUCGUGAAAACUACAAAAAGCCCACAUUAUUGGCCCAGAAACAUGUCGAAACGAAUGCAGCCACCAUGGGCGCAUCCCGCCCAAGAGAACCAACCUGUUUUAAAGCUGUACAACAGCUUAACCAGGCAUAAGGAGGUGUUUGUCCCCAUAUCGGGCAAAAAGGUGCAUUGGUAUAGCUGUGGCCCCACCGUAUACGACGCGUCUCAUAUGGGGCAUGCCAGAUCGUAUAUCACUUUCGAUAUCCUUCGUCGUGUGCUCACUGACUACUUCAACUAUGAUGUACUCUAUGUGAUGAACAUAACAGACAUUGAUGAUAAAAUCAUCAAAAGGGCGCGGCAGAAUUAUCUAUUUGAAAAAUACGCGGCGGAAAAGAAGGCGUUGAAGACUGUGGUCGCUGACGCCGGACAAGUGCUGGGAAAUCUCACGAAGAAGGCCAAAGACAACACUGAUCCGGAUAAGGCGCCCAUGUAUGAGAAAAUUCUGAACAAGCUAAAUGAGUCGAUAGAAAAUCUGGAAAAGGCCGUCAAGAGCGGAGAUAGUGGUAAAAUUAACGAGGCUCAAACUAGAUUUAUCACUGAAAGCAAAGACCCGUUAUCGGACUGGUUGGAUUCGAAAUUGGGCGCCACUGUAACCGACAAUGCCAUAUUUUCCUCCUUGCCUAGGCAUUGGGAGGAGGAAUUUCAUAAGGAUAUGGACUCUUUAAAUGUUCUCAGGCCAAAUGUCCUGACGAGAGUGAGCGAACACAUUCCGGAAAUCAUCUCCUUCAUCGAAGGGAUCAUCAAGAAUGGUUUCGGCUAUGAAGCUAACGGGUCUGUGUACUUUGAUGUGGCAGCCUUUGAUAGGAAAGACAAGCACCACUAUGCCAAGCUCGUACCAGAGGCUUAGGGCGACUUCAACAGUCUACAAGAGGGUGAAGGCGAUCUAACAACAGCAGACAUGCGAGGAGAAAAGCGAUCGCCUAAUGAUUUUGCGCUGUGGAAGAAAAGCAAACCGGGAGAACCAUCCUGGCAAUCGCCGUGGAGCUUGGGAAGACCUGGAUGGCACAUCGAGUGCUCGGCGAUGGCUUCAGCGAUUUGCGGCCCAUAUUUAGAUAUUCAUACUGGUGGAGUUGAUCUGAAAUUUCCGCAUCACGACAAUGAAAUUGCUCAAAGCGAGGCUCAUUUCGGUAAUCCUGAAUGGGUAAAAUACUUCCUACACUCCGGCCAUUUAACAAUUGCUGGCUGCAAAAUGUCCAAAUCGCUGAAAAACUUCGUCAGCAUCCAGGAAGCGCUUUCGAAAUAUUCAGCGCGACAGCUGAGAUUCGCCUUUUUGCUGCACUCUUGGCGAGACACUCUGGAUUACAGUCAGAACACUAUGGAGUGCGCCUUGCAAUAUGAGCGGUUGUUUAACGAGUUCUUUUUGAAUGUCAAGGACGUAACUCGCGGGUUGACUCAACACACAACCUUUGAUACUUUCACUAAGUGGUCAGACUUUGAGCUCGCAUUGAACAAGAAGCUUUUAGACACGAAGGAAAAAGUGCACCUGGCUUUAUGUGAUAAUAUUGAUACCAGGACGGCUUUGGAUGCGCUUAGAGACUUAGUCAGUAGCGCCAACGUUUACUUGAAGGAACGCAAACCGGUAAACCAAGUGCUUUUAUACGACUUAAGCGUCUACGUUACCAAGAUGCUGGCCGUGUUCGGGACAAAUGCAGGCAUUGCGAAGAUUGGAUUCCCUGGGUCUAAAACAUCCGACUGCACUGAAGAUGUUGUGUUGCCCUAUGUAAGCAUUUUAGCUGAAUUUAGAGGCAAAGUGAGAUCUCAGGCCAUUAAUAGAAAAGCGACAGAUAUGUUGCGCGAGUGUGACUACAUCAGGGAUGAAAUUCUUCCGAAUAUGGGAGUGCGACUGGAGGAUAAAGAUGAUGGAAGUUGCGCGGUGAAGCUAGUUGAUCGGGACACGUUGUUAAAAGAAAAGGAGGCCAAGAAGAGAGCUGAAGAGGAAAAGCGACUGGAAAAGGAGAGAAGGGCAGCCGAACUGGCCGCCGCACAGGCAGCCAAAGAAGCGCAGAUGAAAAUCCCACCCCAAGAAAUGUUUAAAAGCGACAUUCUGAAAUAUUCAAAAUUCGACGACAAAGGGAUUCCAACACACGAUCACGAUGGCCAGGAACUAGGUAAAGGCCAGUUGAAGAAGCUGCAAAAACUCUACCAAGCUCAGGAAAAAAAAUUUACCGAAUAUUUGUCGAGGAAAACCUCAUGAUGGCCCGGUUCAGAUCGCAAAGGCUCUGACAUGGUUAUAAGAAAUAUGAAAGAAUGAAUGGAUAUAAAAAGCAAAUUUUCCUUAUCAUCAAUCAAAUCAAUAUUUAAGUCUCUGUAAUAUUAGAAAAUGCAAGCAGUUUUCAGAAUGGUCUAAAACAUAUGCAGUGUGGCCAUUUUUUCAACUGAUUCAACUGCAUUUUUUUAAAACGCUUCAGAAAACACAAAAAAUGGAAGAGCGCGUGAGUGAACAACCUGAAAUCAUGGCAUUUCCAUGCCAGUAUUCUAAGUAUUUAUUUGAGCUAAACUAAGUUUACUUGUAGUUAUUUUUAAAAUUAGCCUAAAGCGACUGACCGGAUUUAAGUAACGUUUUUUCCAAUAUGCAGGUCGGAUCCGGCCCACUAAAUAGGCGAUUGACUUUUCUUUGUUAAUAAAAAUGAUAUUUGCCUUGUAAAUUAAUUUAUUAUUAAAAGAUGCACAACUAA